AUGCAGCGUUACAUAUCACCACUUUUCACAGCGCUUUUAGUGCUUUCUAGCACUUGGAUGGUGUUUGCAAAGACGGUACAGCAUGACUGGACCAUUUCACCGCUAUACGAGGCACCAGAAGAUGGUCAUUAUCGAAUGACGUUUGGCAUCAAUGGACAUACGCCUGGCCCAGUGCUGGAAUUGGACCAAGGUGACGAUGUCGAGAUUUCAAUCCACAACAGCCUGCCAGUGGAUAUCACGAUACACUGGCACGGAAUCUUGCAGAUCGGUAGUCCGGAAAUGGACGGUGUUCCGGGAGUAACGCAAUGGGCGAUUCCUCCGUUGGGCGACUACACGUACAAGUUUACACCGACGAAUCAAACAGGUCUACACUGGUACCACGCUCAUCUGCGCGGCUACCUGGAUGAUGGGGUGAAAGGGCUGCUGUACAUCCGACCAUCGGCGCAGCGUCCACGACCGUUCCAGCUGAUCGAUCCAAGUGGAGACCAAGUGGCCGCUAUGCAACAAGCCGAAGACUCGCCUCGAAACUUGGCAUUGUACGAUUGGAAACACGUGCAAGAGGACGAGGCGCUGGCAAUGUUCUUUGCGAGCGGUCGUCCAACCACGUGCGUCGACAGUGUGCUGUUCAACGGCAAAGGUAGCAUCUAUUGUGCUAGCGCCGAGACGCUGAAUCAAGCUGCGGGCGGUCGGUUCGACGCUAUGCCCUUCUUCGAGAGCAAGUUGGAUGCGCGUGGAUGCCUUGUGAUCCCAGGCUCGGGCAUUUACAGUGCUCACACCAUCACGUCGCCCAUGGGAUGCAGCAACAGCACUGGCCAGCUCGAGAUCGUUCCGACACAUUCAGAGUGGACCUUGAUCAACCUUGCCAAUGUGGGAGGCGAGUGGACGUGGGUUUUCAGCAUCGACGCUCACGAUCUGUGGGUGAUUUCAGCGGAUGGAGACUACAUUGUUCCGGAAAAAGUGCAGGCAUUGCCCGUCAGCAUCGGUCAGAGGUACGGAGUCAUGGUCAGGACAGACAAGCCGGACGGAGGCGACUACUACAUUCGAGCGAAUAGCGCUGGAUUCGCCCAGGUGAUGGGAGGCGUUGGAAUUUUGCGAUACCAAGAUGCGCCGCACCAGAAGCGACGAACGACGGAGCAGACCAGCGUCUCGGUCGCGGAUCCAUGGCGCGACAUGAGCCGAUCGCACGUCAAGUACAACGCUACACCUGCUGAGGGUACCAGCACAUACGAUCCCAUCAAGUCGAUGCCAUUCAUCGCCGACGCGCCACCGUCCAAGGUCGACAGGACAUUGAUCUUCCACGCUAACCAGAGCGAGCCAACCGUGUUUUCGAUCGCAUCGCGCCCGCUUCGAAUGGUAGAAGAGUUGAAUUUGCCCGUCUUGUUUUCCAACUCGUCCCAGUACACUGGUACGCGCGAUCCAGAUUGGCUGAUCCGCAUCGCCAAGGGAGACGUGGUGGAUGUGAUUCUGCAAAAUGCACAGAACGCUCUGUUUCCAGCGCCCGCCGAACCACCGCAUCCGAUCCAUCUGCACGGUCACAAGUUCUGGGUAUUGGGAUCCAACGAGUAUGACGAUUGGCAAUUCCAAAGUGCCGCCGAAGCUAUGGCGCAUGGUGUGCAGCUCAACCUCGAUAACCCGCCCAAGCGCGAUACGUUUUUGCUGCCUACGGCGGGAUGGUUGGUAUUGCGCUUUGUAGCUGACAAUCCUGGUGCUUGGAUGCUGCACUGUCACAGAAUGGGAGUUGUCUUCCUAGAGGGGGAAGACGAGAUCGCGGCUAUCCCCGAUCGAUUCCAGAAGCGACCGACCGCACAUGUUGCUCACCAAGGAUGGCAGACAGAUGCGCGGACCAAGCGCUCCUUGGACGACUCAGCUCGUCACCCGGCUCUUUUCGUGUAG